AUGGACACGUCAACGCCCCACUCUCUCGCGCCCGAGCUCGAGACUCGCAACAGGCACAAGCUGCACGACAGGAUAUCCAAAUGGAUCAAGCGAAAAGCAGAGGUGAGGCUUUCGAGAGAAGUUCCGGGAGCACAUCGACCUCACUGAAGCGGUAUUGAUUGCUCAUCAUUUCCAUAUAUUGCUGCUUCGCGCGCGGCGCAUCAUAGCAGGAAGAGCUUUCGACGGAAGUGUGCAGCUCCACUCAAUCUCCAUCCCGAACAGUGCGUGCAAGUCGCUUGGCGGCCCUUUGCGAUUGUCACGAGUGCUCAACAAAAUGUCAGCCGCGUCUUCGUUUUCUCAGUUGCCUCGACACAGCCGGAGCCAUACGUCUAA